AUAGUGAGAUCUAUGGGAUUUAAUUGAUCCUCUAUCCAAACAUUAAGGGCUACACUCGACAGUGUACAGUGUAUUAUAGCGGUUGUCCCUACCUUAACGAAAAGGAAACUAACUCUGAAAAUUAAAAGCUGCAUAUCAGGGUUAGUCAUAUGGAAUUUUUGACCCCCGUUUGUGUGGCUGGGAAAUAUGUUAGGAAAACUAAUUAAGACCCCCCAUGCUGCAAAUGGAGUGAGGGGGUGGAGUUCUGAGGAGGAACAUGACAUCUCUGGGAAAGGGCUGCAGGGAGAGAGAGGCCAGGGAACCUUUUGUACGACUAGUUGGAUUAUAAAAAUCAGAAAACCGAUCAACCACCAUUUAAACUGCUGUGCCUUUAAGUUGUAACUGGAUGGUUUUAAUUUUUUUGUCCAUGGAUCUCACCCAGGACCAUUUAUUCUGAUGAUUAUAUCACACUGAAUAUGGAUUUAUUAUAUCAGAAUCAGAUGUUUUGAUGUUGUUUUUUCUUCUUCCUGGAAUAUCAUGCGCAAGUUUGAAAAACUUUGACUAAUCCUUUUUGUGUUUGAACUACGCUUUGAUUAAAACCUUUUUUAUAUAUAUCAUUUUUACCCACCUAAACUUUACGUUUCAAUCUGCACAACAGUGCCACUGCCAGAUUUCUCAAGUGAACAUCAGCAGCCUAUCACAUCUCCCUUCUGGAUGUACCCAUAAUAGCAACGCAGAUCGCUUAACACUUUUUCGCAGGCUGUCGCUGGUGCCUCCGAAACGGGCCUUUGGUUAUGUAUAUGUUCUUUAUUCGUUUAUUUUGAGAACUUUCUCAGCUUUGGACGACAACAUUACCAUCCGUGUGAAAUGUUCCCUCCGUCCCCGCUACUGCUCGUUUUCCCCGCUGCACUCUUCUGGGCCGCACAAGUUGCCGGGGACCUCGAGGGUGUUACCAACCCCGGUGAGAGCGCAAGUUUCGACCCGGCACACCCCUGCACCGUAGUGUCUCCACCAUGCAUGAGCGAAGCUGAUCGCUUCAGCUUGGAGGCCCUUCGGAGCAUCCAUCAGAUGAUGGACGAUGACCAAGAUGGGGGGAUUGAGGUGGAAGAGAGUGUGGAGUUCAUUAUUGAAGACAUGAAGCAGCAACAGACUAACAAACACAGCAACCUGCACAGAGAAGACCAGCACAUCACAGUUGAGGAGCUCUGGAGAAGCUGGAAGUCAUCCGAAGUACAUAAUUGGACUCAGGAUGACGUGCUCCGCUGGCUGAAGGAUUUUGUUGAAUUGCCACAGUAUGAGAGAAAUUUUAAAGAGUUUAAGGUCAAUGGAAACACACUCCCCAGGAUUGCAGCUAAUGAGCCUUCAUUCCUGAGUGGCCAGCUAAGAGUUCAGGACCAGAGAGACAAACAGAAGCUCACCAUCAAAGCUCUGGAUGUUGUUCUGUUUGGCCCACCUACACGGCCCCCUCAUAACUACAUGAAGGACCUGCUGCUCAUUGUGUCAGUUGUGAUGGGAGUCGGCGGCUGCUGGUUUGCCCAGGCUCAGAACAAAGCCAGCAAAGUCCACAUAUCCAAAAUGAUGAAAGAUUUAGAAAGUCUCCAGAGGGCUGAACAGAGCCUCAUAGAACUACAAGAACAACUGGAGCAAGCCCAGGAAGAAAAGCGUAAUGUGGCAGAAGAAAAACAGAGCCUAGAGGAGAAGAUGAGAGAUGAGAUCAUGGGGGCACAGGAAGAAGCUCACCGUCUGCAUGAGCUGAGGCAGGGAGCUGUCAGUGAGCUGAGCCGCCUCAGAUAUGCAGAGGAGGAGCUGGAACAGGUCCGUGGAGCGCUGAAGCAGGCCGAGAAGGACAUGCAAGCCAGCUGGACUGUCACAGAGGUGCUUCAGCAGUGGCUGCAGCUGACACAUGAGGUAGAGGUGCAGUACUACAAUGUUAAGAAGCAGAGUGCAGAACUACAGCUUGCCACUGCCAAGGAGGAGGCAGAGAGGAUUAAGAAGAAGAGAAGCUCUGUGCUGGGGACACUCCACGUGGCCCACAGCUCCUCUCUAGACCAAGUAGACCACAAGAUUUUGGAAGCCAGGAAUUCCUUGUCUGAAGUAACAGCCUGCCUGCGGGAGCGUCUUCAUCGCUGGCAACAGAUUGAGCUCCUCUGUGGAUUUCCUAUCAUCAGGAAUCCGGGUUUAGCAAAACUCACUGCUCAACUCUACUCCGACUCAAUUGCCCUGGGGUUGCCUAGAGUGUGCCAGUCAUCUUGUUCGUGCCACAGCUCCAUUCAUGGCUCCAUAGAGGAUCUUUUAGAUGAGCCUACCUCUCCUAUUUUACCUCAGAUACCAGUUGCAGUUGCACCACUUAAACGGUCUCCUCGAGCACGGGUAUCCAUAUGUCGGUCACGCCGCUCCGGGGUCAUUCCUCAACCAUCAGCUGCAUUGAUCUCCCCAGACCCUGACCUUCUUAUCCCCAUCCGAACUCCCUACUCUUCCUAUGACGAGGAAGAGGAACAUUUCCGAAAAACACUAAAAAAACAAGAUUCCCAAGAAAGGUUCUCAGAGUCAGAGUAUAUGACUUCUCCUCCUCUCAGCAAACUGUUCCCUAGUUCUGCUGUUGACAUCUCCUCGCGAAAGCUCUAUCACGAUGACACCGAGCUGCUUUCUGAGAGCCCUGUUACAAAAACUUUAACUAAAGAAGUAGAGGCUCUUGUUGAAUCACCAGCUCGCAAAAUGUCCAUGGAAGACCCUGAAACUUCUGUUGAUAUUGCCUGUAGCAAGACGGUAAGAGACAAAACCUUGGAUACUUCUUUGGAAACAUCUUCUUUAAAAAUGUCUGCAGAAGAGUCAUGCAUAGAUUCAACAUCAAAGAAGAUGUCACGCAACAGGACUGGACUUCCCACUGAUGUUGUGCUUAAAAAGGGAAUUUCAAAUGAGACAGAUGCAGAGUUUUCACCCAGGAAAAUAGAGAAGGACACACUGGGGGAUUUGACAGCGGUUCCCUCAAAGAAUACAUUCAGAGAAAGAAGUGAUUUGGGAAUAGAUGUGAGAAAGAUGAUAUGGGAUGAAGUAGAAGCAUCAGCGGAUCUAGCAAAAAGGAAGAUAUCAAAAGAUAUGAUGGGCUCUUCAAUUGACACUUCCUCAGGAAAGAUGACAAGGGAUGAUCCUGAGCAUCUGUUUGACUCCAGAAGGAUUACAAGAGAUUCAAUGGGAGUGUCCCAAGACACAGGUUCCAGGAAGCAUGCGUUCCAUAAAGGGGAAAAUCAACUCGAUUCCUCUGUGAGGGGAUCAGCAAAAGACAAAAUUGUUGAGACAACCAGAAUACCAACAAGAAAAAUAUCUAGAGAUGAGCUGGAGUACUAUACAGAUGUUGCUUCAGUGAAGAUACUGUCCAGAGAGAGACUCGCAGCACUCGUGGAUACCUCAUCCUCUACAGAGAUGCAAGAGUUUUGUUUAGAGCCAUCAACAAGUAAAGGUUUACAGAGAAAUGAACUUGAAAUGUCUGCUGGUUCUCUCAGAAGGAGAAUGCCAAGAAUGCCAAGAGAGGAUGCUGAAAGCACCACAGACACUACUACUGGAAAAAUCUCUCGGGAUAGAGUUGAUAUCCCAAGGGAAAUGCCUAAACAAUUCAUCUUGAGGGAAGAGUUAUCAGAAUCAAGUUCACUGGCAGCUCGAAAUGUGCAGCCUGAUCUCAUGUUAACAUCCCAGGUGCCAUGGAAGUCUUCAUCAGACUUUUUCACUGCUGGGCCGCUGAGCCAGCUUGUUUACGAUGGAAUCCUGGAAAAAUCAUGCAGCUCCAUGUCUGCAGCAACAAACCUCUCUGCUGGCAGGCUGCGAGCAGAGAUGGAGCCACCUCUGCCAAAACCAAGGGUUGUCCUCCCUGCUCCCUCAUUGCCUUCGGAGGCCGCAGAUGACAGGAACAAGGAAAAGGAAAAGAGCAAAAAACCUUUAAAGCUCAAAAAUCUCUUUAAAAAGAAAAAUGAGUCGAGUCCAGAGAAGCUAUAAAGUGCUCUUCAGCAACUCUGCAAAUCAGCUGAUUUUUUUCCUUUUUUUCUUUUGAACAAUUUAUAGAAAUUGAGUUUCAAAUUGUCUUUGAUGACAUUCAGUAGUCAAAGUGCACAGUUUUACAAACCUUUUAGCUCAAGGGGUUCAACUAUAGUAUUGCAUUACUUGUUAAGGAACUGGAGGCAUUAUAUUAUUAUACACGCUACCCCUAUUAUAGGGGUAAUCAAAAAUAGAUAAGGUUAAAGUUAAGAUUAAAAUAAGGGCUGUUUUUAAUCCUUGGAUGAAAGUCCUUUUUAGUUAAUGACUUGCAAUGAAAUGUAAAACACAUGGAUUUCACCAAAUUUUACAUUUAAUCUUUUGAGAUGCUCUGCCAAGCAUUUACUGCAACCACCUUAGGUUUCUGCUUGUUUGUGGGUCUUUCUGCCAUCGGUUUUGUCUUCAGUAUGAAGAUUAGAUGACUGACUUGGCCAGUUGAAGUGCUGUCUGAUCAGUUUUGCCACAUUGGUCUGAAUUUUAGCAGAGAGUAUAGCCCUGCAGAUAGAAUUUAUGCGACCAUUAACAGCAGUGAUAUCAUAUAUACACACACAUAUAUAUACAUAUAUACAUAUAUAUAUACAGCUCUUUUAGAUGUUUUCUGAAGCUGUAUAUCGGACAUGUGUCCAGUUACUUUUGACCAUCUUGUUUAUAGAAUGGCUGUUAUUCCUUAAAAGAAGACUCAAAGCCAGCCCCAUCUUCUUUUAUCUAAACUCCUCUGUGGUGUUAUACAGAGUCAAAAUGACAAAAAAAAAAUAGUAAUUGGUUUUACUUUCUAUACUAAGUCUUAUAAAUACAUGGUUGAUAUAGUAGUUUAGAUUUUUUUUAUAGUUAUCUAUGGUUGAAGGAUUAAAUGUUUUAACAGAUGCUGCUUUCCGGUAUGACAGUGGCAAUUCUUAAAUUCAUCUUAAACAUUAGAAACUCAAUCAAAACUGUUUAAUACAGUGCUAAAGUUAAUGCAUUCUUGUGCAAAAGAAACUGAGUUAAACUUUGUGAUGUCCGAAUUAAAUUUACCUUCCUAAACUUAUCCAAAUUUACUAGUUUGACAUUUUUGGGAAAUUUUCAGUACAGCUGCAUAAUGCACAUAUCAACAUUAAAGGACAAUUUAAAGGAACUGGAAUUAGGGUUUAGGGGGUUAGGGUUAAACUCCAUGCUUUUAAAUUAACAUUAAAAUAGGGACAGUUUUUAUUUACUUAUUUAUUUUUAAUUUUUUUUAUUUUAAAUACCACAGCAAUUGUUAGAGUCCUUAAACACGUUUGACAGCUGAAUAGUUCUGGACUAAAUAUAUGCAGCACAAUAAAGAAUCAUUUAUUAUACAACAAAUAUUUUUAAUAGUUUCAUAAUAUAUUUUUUUGUAGAUGGUUCAGUAUUAUUUUCUUUAGCCACUUUGCAAUUAAAUGGCAUUUACAGUUGCCAUCAGCACUUUUGAUGUGUGGUUAAACAACGGCCUUCAGAUAGAGUUAAACAAAGUAGACAAAACGAUUCCCUGAUGCACUGUCACAAAUGAAAGUGCUGACUGUUUGCACUUCUAAUAUGGAGGAUUUUUGACUACUUCUGUGUUAGGCAGAAAAAAUUAAGUAGAUAAGUGAGUAGCAAGAUUUGAAAUGGAUCAGGAUUCACAAAGUAGAUAAUCAUAGUUUUUAUUCUUUAAGAAUUGUCCCUAUGUUCUUUUUUUUUUUUUUGCUUUGAUUAGCUUACAAGCAUAGAGAUUAGUUUAUUUUUUGUAAAACAACAAAUGUAAAAAAAAUUAUUAUAGCUGUCUUAGUUUCUGAAAUUAAUGUAUUAAGAAUCACAUAUUUAAUUUCUAAACUGUUUAUGUUAUUGAAUGAUUAAAGCUCAUUAAUUGUUUUCAGGCAUUAAAUCAUUUUCUUGUUUUAACUUACUUUUUUUAUUUAAGCACUUCAGAUAUGAACAUUUUCAUUGGAAUUUUUUUUCUUCAAUAAUUAAGUAUUUUUUAUACCAGUUGUAAUCAGAAGUGCAGUGCUGCUGAGUGCAAAGGAACAACACUGCACUGCUAUUUUUCCAAAUGAGGAAAUAAAAUAUUCACAGUUGGAUUAAUUGGUUGAAAUUCGGUCUAAUUCUUGCAAGAAAGCCAUUAAUAACAAAAUGAGUGGUCACAGCUGUCAUCAUGAUAUUUAGAGCCAGAUUUGGUAAUGGUCUGCAACAGUGCAAAACCCUCUUUUCACAUCAGAAAGCUACCUGAUGAUGCAUUCACAAAAAUGCAAACAGUACACUAAUUAACAUAUGCCACGAGCAGUCCAAAGUACUGGCUCAAAGUGAGCAGACCUGAUGAAGGGGGUCAGUGAUGUCAUAAGAAAAAUAAUAAUCUAUAAGUUGAGGUUUUACACAUGGGUUUCUCUCUGAAAACUGUGGAAAUAAAAAUAAGUAACAGGAGGCUGAAUGAGAACCAAUGUGUUUAUGAAAUAAGAGAUAAAUCUUCUGAAAUUUCUAGGGACUGUGUUAGGUCCUGAUGACUAAGAUUCAGGUAGAACGUAUCAAGAGGGGUGCAUUAUUAUUAUCAUGCGAGCAACAGCUGUAAUACAUUUUUGUUGUUCUUCAGAUGUAUAGAAGAACAACAAAAAUGUAUUUACCACCAGAACCCGAGGGACAAAUGACUCAGAUUGAUGCUAAAACAAAGAGAAGCGCACUUUUGCUUGUAAGUUGUUUCAGUGUCAAGUACCAUGAGUGUAAAAUGUUUUCCCCUGUCUUAGAAAAGAAAAACUGAUUAACUGUGUCAUGAAUAAAUGGGCUGUUAUUUACUGAUUUAUAUGAAAUUGAUGAUAACUCAGGUUACAAAGUUGGUAAAAUUAAAAAAUGCCGUCCAUUGUGUUAAAAUAAAAUCCUGAA